AUGAGUCCGUUCCUCCCUCGUGAACCUCACCUUGACGACCCGUUGAGCAACGCGAUGACACACAUUUGCGAACCGGACCACAGUCCAAUCUCCUGCUCACCGACCAACCUUCCCUCUUCAACCUCCAGUCACCGCGUCAUUGUGACAGCCCUGCAUCCAGACAACAGCGCCAGAUUCACCAGAACGGUUAUGGAGAUGAUAGACACCACGGUUCCCACUCAGUCCAACACUGCAGACGAUGUGUCAGCGGAAAUCGCGAGGUCCCAAUGGGCGGAAUGGCGAAGCGAAGAUUCACAAGUCUCAGAUCCGUCAACGACUGUGAGUGAGGUCGAUCUCAGCACAAGUACAAGCUCAACGGCAGUCGAAAGCGCAAGCCGGACACCUCUAUCACCAUCAUCCACCUUGCCUCUGCUGUCGACAUCUCUGUCUAUGACCACGGUUCUCACAUCGUCGCCACUGUCAUCACCCAGCUUUACUGUGACUUACAGUGGUUCACCUACAUCCAGCGAUUCAACCGCAUCUUCUGCCGUCAACAACCUCGUCUCACCGCCAUCCUCUGCCUACACCACGGGCAUUUACAUUGCGCUGGGAAUAUUCUUAUUCUUUGGCAUCUUGUGCGCUUUGGUCACCAGUCCUGCCAUUGCGAAUGCUAUCCAACACACGUACCCUCUCACGCGGGAUCAAAAACACCGCUUCGCCCAGGCCGUCACGCGCCUGCACUCGACGACCUUUUUGACGCCGUCGCUGUUUGUCAACGUCAGCUUCCACCGUCUCUCUGCAAAAUCCACCUCCAACUCCAAAUCCAAAUCCAAACCGCUCUCUUCCGAAUCGUCGGCGAGUGAUGCCAAUGGUGACGGAGAAGACGAAGACGACGAAGAAAACACGUACUUUCUCGCCGGCGAGCCCGUGGUGCACAACCACGCGGGCCCGAACAGGAUCCUCGCCAUGGUGCGCACGUCGGCGUCCCGCACCAAAGCCGUCUUUGACGAUCUGGCCGAGAAGAUCGAGGCCGAGUGGUACGCUGUCGUCGGCUCCGAUGCCACCGGCUCGGGUAACAAAGCGACGGCGACGGCGAAGAAGAUGCACUUUAUCGUCUUCUACCCCAUGAUCGCGGCACGGGAGAACGGCGUGACCAUUCCGGAUGCCGGCUCCGAAUCGACGUGGCUGCGCUCAAACAUGCCCUUUUUCAAGACCCAGGCCCAUGAGCACGACGACGACAAUUUCCGCAAGAUGCUCGACGAGAUCGAGCGGCGGGAUGAUCUGAAGAAACUCAUCGAGUGA